AUGUGGGCGUUUUGGAGUGGAGCAGAGCUUCUUGCGGUGAAAAAACGAGCGAGGGAAGCUGCUAGGCCACUCCAAUGCUGUGUUCGCGGGUCCGCUCUUCAGGAGGGCAUUAAAGCAGUGGCGAUCGGUAAACACGGCGCCAAACCGGUGCCGGAAUCGAUUCUGGAACCAUUAAAAGUAGAGCUGGAACGUGUUGAGCAUCAAUUGCAGGUCUUUAAGCGGCAGGGACCCAAUAUGGCAGCGGAUGACCCCGCAAGCUCUCUGAAUAUUGAGCAAGUCGCGCGACGAGCCUCCUUCCUGGCAUCGUUAUUUUUGAAAUACGAGUUGCUGCCAGCGGAGGCGCAACUACUGCAGCAUUGUAUACCGAAAAGCACGGCGUCCUUGCGUUUGGGCCGAGAGCGCUGUGACUGCUUUGCAAGUGACGUGCUUCAAACGCUGUGCACGAACCUGCUCCCCGAGUCCAAAGCGUUUCGCCUUGGCGUCAAGUUACUGAGCGCUCAAGUCUUGUCGCGUGAAGAAGCUAUGGAGCUCGCAUCCAUCGUUUUGUCCUGUAAUGCAAACACGAUGGAGUCUCCGGCAGUCGAUAUAACGGAUGUGGUUUCGUUUCGCGCGCUCACGAUGCAUACCAUGCGGGUACGCCAUGAAACCUCGGACGAACUACUCGGAAUGGCGGAGGCAGCGAACAGCGCGAUGAGCCCUUCGUUUCGCCCUCACCAGAGCAGCACACAAAGUCGACCUCCUCAACGCUAUGUGCAACUGGCCGAACCCUUCGAUGGCUUCGAACGUCCGGGAUGCCUGUUAACUACACCUAUUAUUGCCUGGCACUUGCAAGAGCGCUGGGGAAUCGCGAACGUUGUAGGCGCUAUGGGCGACUCGCCUGGGCCAAAAUAUGGUCCGAACCUCAAGUCGGUGGCACUGGAGCUUUCCCGAGCGCUCGGGCCGCAUUCCACUGCGGUGAAUUUUGCCCAGAAUCUCGAUGAUAUCUUCAAGGGGAGCAGAGCAGGCAGCAGAUGCUUCAACCUCGUUGACCAAGCAGUUAUUUGUCCAGCACUGUACGAUCUUCUGCCGUUACGACGCAGCAUCGUCAAACGCCCGGGCUGGUCAACGGUUGAGAAAUUUGUAGGCUGCGCUCCCGAGCAGUGCAGUGUACUUAUCGCCUCCGCUUUCCAUCCGCCAUACACCAAGCGCAUGAUCGAGGUUUCCAUGGGACUUGGGCUCUCCGGUGCAAUCAUCAUUCGCAAGGGCAUCGAAGGGACGCUCUCAAUCGCCCCGGACUCGAACUUUAUCGAGCUUGCCUGUUGUGCUCGUCGGGCGGAUCACACUUAUGAGCAAAUCGAGUUGAAAGUACAGCCUUCAGUCGAGCGAGUGAAGACGUCGUCGCCGGCGAACGCAACCGUUUCCGCAACACUGACUGCAGCGGAAAACGCCCGGCUGCUGCGGAACUACUACCAAUCGCGUACAUCAUGCGGCGACGAGCAGUUCGACCGGAUAAUUCAAGCAACACUUGCAUGCGUGGAUGCCGGUAUGCAGUGGCUCAUGGAGCACAUACACGAACAAGGCCUUGCUGGUGAAGCAUCGAGCAGCGUGCCCCCGUGCGCGGGGGGAUGA